AUGGGGAGCUUCCUCUCCAGCACUAAUGAGGCACGGCCGACGACAGCACAACCACGUCAAAACAUCAACCCAAAUGUGUCCCUUUACAAUAAUAUGAGCACCGAGCAUUCGUCUCCACGGCCUACGUCUAUGGAGAUUAGUCAUGGUAGCGGACCUUUCAUUGACACUUCGUCUGGUACAUCAGGUAUCGAUUCUGAGAGUGAAAAGGAGGAAAACGGUGCAGAAGAGGGCACAAGUCAAAGGGCAGCCAGUCCAGGACAUGAAAACCGCGUAGCUGAAGACACACAGCAUCAAGAAGAUUACACUAGUGGCCCACAUGCUCAGAUGACUGUGCAUCCAACGGUUCGCGUGAUUAUUCCAUCAAAGGUGAAGGGGGUGGAUAUCUUGGAAGAGAAGCAUAGCAUUGACACCAGCGGAAACGACUCGGAGGCCGCAACGCCGCGUCAGAUACACAAUGAUUCUGUAGACCAGGAGCUUAUAGGUUUUCGCACUGCAACAGAGGUCUAUCUCCAGAGCAAAGAUGAUACAACGCCACAAGAAACAAAACGCCAUCAUUCGACCACGUCCGAGUCUUCAGAAGAUAGCAGCGAUGACGAAGUAGGCGUCAUUGACAACAAUGAUGACAACAGUAAUGCAACAGUCGUAGAUCCUCCAGGACCAAACCACAGCGAUGAUGUUGCGAUACAACAUAACGCCGGCCCAAUUUCAGAUGCGGAGAACGAUGACACUAAGAUGACGGAGGUUGAAGCACAUGCGCAAAUAUUUGAACAUCCAUCAUCGUCAGAAAGAAUGGGAGAAAGCGACGAUGACGAGAGCGAGACGUCAAGCUUGUAUGCGCAAUUCAAUUUUGAUGGUUGGGAAAAACAUGAAGUCAAACGGUACAAUAGGAUUGCUCCACCAGGUGGAAAGUUGCAAGAUUUUGUAUCAGAAGAAGAAGAAUCAUCAAGCGAUACUGAAAAAGGGAAUCCUGAAGCGGGGAAGGGAAUCCAUGAUGCGCUCUCAUAUGCCGAAUUAAAGAAUCUUCCAGAUAUGCAUGAGGAUGGGCCAGCCAUUGUAGAAGAGAGCAGCAUAUAUACAAUGGACGAGGAAAACCCAAUGGCUCAUGACGAGGAAACGAAUGAGGACGACAGCGGAGACGAGAGCGACGACACAAGGCUCUAUCGAUACUUUGACUUUCACGAUUUGACGAAGCAUGACGUGAAAUAUCUCAACUCCAUUGCAGAACCUGGCCAACGGUUAGAGGAUGCGUUAAUAGCAGACCAACUUACAGAUAGGAUUCUUUCUCACAAGAACGAGAAAGAGUCGAUAGAGAGGUUUGUGGCGUCACUACCAAACCCAGUUGCUGGCGCGCAGUCUUCUUGUGGUCUUCCCAUCGGCAACGUCGCGCGAGAUUUGAAUCGUUUUCGGGAACUGCAUCCAUUCACACAGCUGGUCAAAGAAGGGCGCACGUUCACAACAUCACAGCGCCGCAAUUUUGAGCGUGAGAUUUACGAUUUUUCGAGAAGCUAUGGUCUGACUUCUACGGAAUCAAAUCACGCUGUUGCCUGGGCUAAGGUACACGCGGAAACAUUGCAUGAAGGAAUUCACUCUAAUCAGAGUUGGGAUUCUUCUCAAUGGGAUGGUGAACAAGACGAUCAAAUCGACUUCGCAUCCAUCAAGCUUCAGGAUAUGCAACACGAGCGGAAACAGCUUAAACGGAAGCAGUAUAGAGAGCGCAGAAAGCGGAAAAGAAAGACGAAUGGCUUCUGGUCCUCAAAGAUUUCUCAACCAAACAUCGAGUCGUUGAAAGAGAUCAGCAACAACCAGCGAGGCACGCCUACAACCAAAGAAGCCAAUCUAGCAGAUGCUGAUAUUCAACAUCCUUUGAAAGGGGAGGGUACGGAGAACGACGUGAACCUUGGAGUAAAGAACGAGAACACAUCCUCUACAGCAGUAACUACCGUAAUAAACACAGUCAAGCGAAAAAGACAAGCAUACAAUGCUACGGUUCCCCAUUCGAAAAGACGCAAACGUGGUCACCUUGUCCCAGAGAACCAGGACAAGACUUUAACGUCAAAUUUUCGAUAG